CAAUUAUUAAUACAGUGAGAGAGAGAGAGAGGUUAUGUUAGGUUAAACUACAAAUUCGUGUCUCUGGAUAAAAAAUAAUAAUAAAAUUUCGAUAUUUUAUUUAUAUUAAAAAAAAAAAGAAAACUAGAUAUAAAAAUAAUGGUUAUAACAGAUGCUCAUCGUCUUCCAACUAAUGAAGAAUUAACUGUCGAAGAAGUUAAAUUGAGUUAUUCAACACUUCAUGGUGCUGCAUUUCAUCUUGGAAAAUAUUGUGAGCCUCAAAACAAUGAGUUUAUGCUAUGUCGAGCAGAAUAUCCAAACGAUUGUCGUAAAUGUAUAGAUUAUGGAAAGGAUGUCACAUCCUGUACUUUAGAAUUUUUUAGAAAAUUAAAGAAAUCCUGCCUAGAUGAAUUUCAACAAUAUGUGACAUGCCUUGAAAGAUCGAGCGGCGAUUGUUCAUUUUCUCCAUGUCGCAAAACACAAAAGGUAUUGGACAAUUGUGUUAUGGCAAAUAUGAAUAUUGAACGUCCUUAUAUUCAAUAUUAUGUGUCGCCAAAAAUUGUCGAUAGCAAGAGACCACCGCCACCAAAGGAACCUAAGCUUAAAUUUCCCGAUGCAACACCAGGUUUAUCGGACGAUGCACCACAACCAGAAUCAUCAUAUCCGUAUCGUCGUAUGAUUUAAAUUUCUCUAAUUCUGGUUUUUAUUAGUCAUAGUAAUGAAAAACGAUUUAUUAUUAUUAUUAUUAUUAUUAAAUGUGUAAAGAAAAUAAAAACAAUAAAAAUAGACACUAAAAAUAUAUAUGCAAAAAUGGCAUAAUUUUUUUCUCAGCUGAAAAAUAUUUAAUAAAAUGAAAAUUAAUUCUAAAA